AUGUCGCUCGAGCGCGCGCGCGGGACGGGCGCGGACGCGCGCGCGUCCACGUCCGGGUCCGCGACGGCGCGCGCGCGCGCGCGUGGCACCGGUGUGGCGCUCGCGCAGGCGUGCGCGUUCGUGAACGCGUGCUCAGCCGCGGCGUCGUACGCGCUCGAGCGGCGAGGGGUGUCGCUGCCGUCGUGGCAGACGUUCUACGCGUACGCGUGCGUCGCGUGCGCGUUCGCGCCGGGGUACGCGAUGCGCACGGCGCGGGGGGGGGGCGGGGCGAAUCGGGCGCGGGUGGGACGGUACGCGGCGCUGGCGUUGUUGGACGUCGAAGCGAAUUAUUGCGUCACGCGGGCGUUUGAGUACACGAGCAUGACGUCGGUGAGUUUGUUGGACAGCGCGACGAUACCGUUCGCGAUGAUUCUGUCGGUGUACGCGCUGGGGGCGAGGUACGGGAAGGGGCACGUCGCGGGCGGCGCGUUGGCGUUCGCCGGUUUGGUGGUGCUCGUGUUGGGGGACGCGAUGCCGAGCGCGAGGACGAGUGGGGGGGAUGGAUCGAACGUGCCGUUGGGAGAUUUUUUGGCCGUCGUCGCCGCGGCGCUGUACGCGACGUCAAACGUGUUGAAUGAGGGAUUUUUGCGGGACGCCGACAAGGUUGAAAUCUUAGCGCACAUCGGUGUCUUUGGAACCGUCAUCAGCGGGACACAGAGCGCGGUGUUGGAGGGGAUGAAAUUUAGCCAGUUGAAGGUUUUAGGCGCCGCGGGCGCGGGACUUUUUGCGCUCUACGCGCUGUCGCUCUUGGUGCUGUACACGUUUGCCAUGGAUGUGCUUGAGCUCUGUGGCGCAUCCGCUUUCAACGUCAGCAUGCUCGCGAGUGACGUUUGGAGCGUCGUCAUUCGAUUGAUCUUCUUCAACGGAUUCUCCUCAGUCAGUGCAUUCGUGUCGUUCUUGUUCGCGUUCGCGUUCGUCGCUUCGGGAAUCAUCAUCUUCGCUCUCGCGGGCGAUCCCGCGGGAGCGCAGCCACAGUCGAGCGCCGACGAGGCGUCAUCGCUUGGAGCGCGCAUACGGCGAUUGUUCGUUCCAGAAGCGAGACGCGGGGCGCCGUACGUGCAUAUGGAUGUUUCCGACGACGACGAUAUGUGCGACGUCGAGCUCACGCCCGUGCACGGUUAG